UCAAUAUUAAUAUUAAACUAAUUUAUAUAAAAAUUUACAGAUUAAUUAUAUAUUCUGUGAGGUGUUGUAUUGCGUCACCAUCAAUUGAAAGUGUAGAUAAUUGGAUUCACGUCAUUAUCAAUAAACAAUUUUAUUACACAGGAAAAUUACAAAAACAUCUUUUGAAUUUACAAGUUCAAUUUUCUAAUCCAGAGCCAGUUCACUUAAAAAUAUAUAAAGCUUGUUUAAAAUAUAUGUUUACAUUUAAACUUGCUCCUCUUUGGAAUUUAAUUGGAAAAUCUUUUUAUCUUCCUGGCUUUAGUUUUUUAUCAUUACCAUGUAGUAUUGAUACUGUAGAAUGGAAUAUUUUGUUCACAGAUGAUGAUACAAAACUUGAAAUAAAAGCAAUGAAAAUGACUUUAUUUCCAUUAACAUAUGAGUAUGUAAUAAAAAACGCUGAAUUCAAUGCAAUGGGAAAUUUGAAUAAUAUAACAAUAUUUUACAGUUCAUGGGUUUAUGUAUUACCUAAGUUAACAAAAGCAAAAGUUGUUUCAGUUUCAAAAACACUUCCAAGUAAUUGUCCCUUUGCAAAUUAUAAUGAUCUUAGAAGUAUUCUUAUCAUUUACCAAAAGUUGAUCAAGGGAUGCUAUUCUAUGAAGUAAUUUUUCCAUUAAAUCCUUAUAAAAAAUUC